GUGCUGCUUCAUGUGCCUGUACUGGAAGGCACGUGCUAUCGUGCGUGCUAUUUGUUCAUGCGCAUUACGACCCGUAAUUCGGUGAUAUAUUCGUUAUGCUAAACCUUAGCAACGGAAACCUAUUAUUUGUUGUGGCCAUUUAGUAGAGGCGUAGAGACGUUCACCACUCCAUGAAUUUGAUGACAAUAAUUCAUACUAGAAGUAGAAUUGUAAAUCCCCAGAAAUAAAACCGAAAAAUGUUCCGACAUGAGUACGGGCUCGCUAUGGACCGCGAUCAAAACAGUGCAUCGUACGUGUCAUCUUUCCAGGCAGACGACCUAAUGGAGAAGCUAAAGUUGCUAAACUAUGAACGACUGUUGCUGAAAGAAAUGAAAAUGAAACAAAUCAAUCGCUACUAUUUCCUGAAAUCAUUUAAUCCCGGUGAGCAGUUCUUCAUGUUUACGUCGAUAUGUGCCUGGUUGAUUCGAAAGAUUGGUAAAACAUUUGAUCAACCACAGGAGUUUGAUGAUCCCAAUAUGGUCAUUUCGAGAAUAAUCCGAGUGUUGCAGGAAAUGGAUGUGCCUACAGAUUUCCAAACAAACAAACUCAUUCAAGGAGCGGGACCGAUCUGCGUCUACAUAAUGGACUGCCUUGCGACGCAGGCCUUGAAACUGACCAAAUUCCAAAUCAAACGACCAGAGUGCAGAAAAGAAGAUGAUCCGAUGGUAGAUUUGAUCGAAAAUGACUCGGAGAUAAUUUUGGAGAAAGUCGAAGAAGAACAAAUGGCGGAAGCCAGCGAAGGAAGCGACGACGAAGGCAAUGGGUUGUUCGAUUUGAACUUCUCCGAUCCGAAAAACCGCAAAAUCACCAACAAAGAAUACAAAAUUGAUUCCCUGACCGAUAGUGAAAACUGGCGAUUAGAACUGGAACGCGUGCUGCCGCAGUUGAAGGUGGUCGUCAAAACGGACCCUCGCGAUUGGCGGGCGCAUCUGGAACAAAUGAGAAGCCUCCGGUCAAACAUCGAAAGUGCCACCGACGAAACGGACAGUCAGCUGAAAAAGUUGCAAACGGAUAUCAGCUACGUGAUGGAGAAAAUUGAAAGUCGUGAAAAGCACUUGAACAACGAUUUGAAGGAUCUGAUUCAGCAGUAUAAGCGUAUCCUGGUGGAGUAUAACCAGGUGCACAAUCAAAUGAAAGCAAUUGAUGGUGAGAAAACGGAGAAGGAACACGACCUUUCAAAAAUCACCAAUGAGUUGGAGAACAUUAAGAUACAGAUGGAACAGCGUGGAAACUCGAUGACGGAUGGAAGUCCAUUGAUUAACAUCAAGAAGGCAAUUUUCAGAAUCAAGGAGGAAAUUUCCGACAUGGAUAUAAAGAUUGGUGUGAUGGAGCAUACACUGAAUUCGGAGAUUAUCAAGCAAAGCGCUCAGUACGCAGAAUUUGAUUCGUUAGUUAUGGCGGCCCAUUAAAACAAAGAUGUAAGAAAAAAAUAAAGUGUUGAACUAGUUUUAUAAUGAAAUAAUUAAUAUUGAGCGUCUUAGGGGAAAAUGUUACAAGGUUAAAAUACUUCAAAUUUCCAUUUACUUCCGCUAUAUUCACUUAUGUAUCAUCAGAUACGCAUUUCGUAUUAACAAAACACUGAAGAAGUUUUCAAGUAGAAAACGAAAUACGUAUCUUAUGAUACAUAAGUGAAUAUAGCGGAAGUAAAUGGAAAUUUGAAGUAUUUUAACCUUGUAGAUUUAUACAUUUUGAAAGCCCAUCAAUUUCUCUUUGUUACUAAAUGAUGUUUUUAGCAGUCAAUGCAAUUGGUCACUGUAAAACAUGAGGUGUAAAUAAUAAUACUUUAUCAUGGAAGGAACUACUUUGAUUCCUAGGAACCUCAUGAGAAAAGGAAUUGAAUAUUUGUGCCGCCUUCAUAUUCUUAUGGCAAUAUUCGAUUCUCACGCACUCAUUUGUCCUAAGCACCUCUAAGCACGUAAGGCCAAGUAAAAAACCUCCACCCUGAGCAGCGGUUGGAUUUAGCCUAAACAUUGGCUCAGGUCAUUUUUUUUAGAUUUUAGGUUUUAUGCCAUUCCAUUAAAAAUAUCAAAUUAAUAGUUCACUUAUCAUAAGACAAGUUUGUACUUGAGUCGAGUCCAGUGCGAGACACUGAAGACGACCUUACUGUUGAGGUCGAAAUACGUAUUUGUCGAAGGUACAAUAAAGUAGUGGAAUUAAAUGGAAUAGUACAAACUCGUCUUAUGACAAGUGAAUACAUUCCACUAAAAGCUUAAAAUAAUUUUCUUAUCAAAACUAGUAGUAUUAUAACGGUGUUUUUCAAUGAGUGUUUAGUUACAAGUAACUCUUAAAAUUCUGUAUAAAAUCUCAACAUAAAAAAAGGUGUUAAUUAUUAUGAAAUAAGAAACCAAGCAGAAUUGUAAAAAUCUAACAGCUUAGAUAAAUGCCAACAAUUUUUUUGAGGUUUUAUAGAAAAAUGUAGUGAAAUAUGGGGUAUCCUACGAAAUACUUAAAGACGAAAAACCUUAUGAAUACUCAUAAGGCUGUAACACAUAAGGCUGUAAAGUAUCAGAUGGGUGAAACGUAAAAUUGGUGGGAUGCAAUGGAUCUCAAACGUACGAUAGAGUACAAGUUGAGUAGGUAAAUAGUGAAUAAUUAAUAAAAACAUGAAAAAAUAAAGAAUAAA